GCAGUUAUACGUCACAGAUUUGACCGGAAGUUUAUAAGCACAUCUUCGAGAACAGGCGAGAAGAAAACAUGGAGCUCUUUGUAAUUUCACCAAAUUUGAGGUUUACUAACCUAACUAUCGCUCCGGAUUCGACUGUCAGCGACCUUAUCAGUCAUUUCGCCGUUAAAGAGGGCGUCUGUUUUACGGACUUCUAUGUGAAGAGUAACGGCCGCGUCUCUCGCGGUGAUGCGCCGCUUCAGUCUGGCGUCGUGUACCGUGUGGAGCCGCGCUUAUGUGGAGGCAAAGGAGGAUUUGGCUCUAUGUUGAGGGCCCUUGGUGCACAAAUCGAAAAGACCACUAACCGUGAGGCCUGCAGAGAUCUGAGUGGAAGAAGACUUCGAGACGUCAAUCAUGAGAAAGAAAUGGCAGAUUGGUUGAAAAAGCAAGCCGACCGAGAGGCGGAGAAGGAGCAGCGUCGUCUGGAGCGGAUUCAGAGGAAAUUGGCCGAGCCAAAACAUUAUUUCACUGACCCUGAUUAUGAACGGCAGUGCCACGACCUCUCAGAGAGACUGGAGGACUCUGUAUUGAAAGGCAUGCAGGCUUCCUCUAGUGGUCUCGUCCAGGCAGACGAGGGGCCGAGACGCAAGCGUCCGACACCAGCCGACAGCCAAAAGAAAGCAAAGAAGAAAUGUUUCUGGACUGGCAUUGGAGAACUGGAAGACAUGGGCAGCUCUGGUGAAGGAAGUGAUGACAGUGACAGCGAGGCCUCUCCAUCCACCUCUGGGGCUUCCUGUAGUUCCGAUGUUCCCAAACCAGCUGUGCCGACUUCCACCACCAGGGGGAGUGACAGGACAGAACCUCAGGACCAGCCAAGUAGCACCAGCAGCUCCUCCUCGAGUCCUGCACCAAGCUCCCCAACACACAACCAGGAGGAGGUACAGAAGGAGGCAGAGAAGGAAUGUACGGCUGACGUCAGCCAAAACAGCAGCACCGGAGAGGAUAAGUUGCAGGUUGACGUCAACCAAAAUGGCAGUACCGUAGAGAAUAAGUUGCAGGUUGAUGUCAGCGAAAACAGCAGUACUGGAGAGGAUAAGUUGCAGGCUGCGCCCGCGGAACCACAAAGCAGCCCAGCGGAGAGCAGUCAGGCUCAUGAAACGGUGGAUGGUCCGCUGGAUCUGCUCUCCGUGAGUGGGCCGGAGCAGCUGGAGGCUUUGGGUCUGGAGCGGCUGAAGAAGGAGCUGAUGGAACGAGGGAUGAAGUGUGGAGGAACCCUGCAGGAACGGGCCGCGCGUCUGUUCUCCGUCAGAGGACUGACUGCAGAUCAGAUUGACCCUGCGCUCUUGGCCAAACCCAGCAAGGGCAAAAAGAAAUAACUUGCUUUUCCAAAACCACAAACUGUUUUUGACCUCUGUUUUGCUUUGGCAUGUCUGUAGUUAUUUUUAAGGUGUGGUUCGUAAGAAUCUAACACCUAAUUUUGAAAAAUCCCCAGUUUGGGAGAAUUAUGUGUGCUAGAUUUUUUUAUUUUUAUUAAUUAGUAAAACUGGUCAGAUGCCGAUAACAAUUCAGAUUUCUUUUUCUUUUAGUAAAACAUACCAAGUUACAUAAGGUGAGACUCAGGCUAACUUUUUUGUGAUAUGUACUAUAUAUUUUUUAAUUACAUUGUCAUUGUAAAUAGCUAUUUUGAUUCAUACAGAAAUAUACUGAAGAUCAGUCACGUUCAUGAUGUGGGUGGGAAGGUAUUCAACAAUAUUGUGAUUUAUAGCCAACAGUUUGUUCACAUUGCACAGUAUUUGAUUGUAUUUGUGAUAUGGUCCAUUUUGCUCUUGACUUUAUGGUUGAGUAAAAUAUUGUUGCACAA